UGGCUUCCUGAUUAGCCACCCAAGAAACCCGAAUGCUAAAUACCGGCAAGCAAAGUGCACUUACUGUAAUAAAGUCUUUGUUUCGGGAAAACCUCAACGACUCUUCAAGCACAUCAAGGAGGUAUGCCGCGAAAUUCCAUCGGCCAAUAGGCACAGGUAUCUCCUCAAUCUCGGCACCCUUUCAUCCGAGGGGGAAUCUGACUCCGAGACUGAUCACCCAAGAAUUGAUGAGUUGUCAUCCGAUGAAUUCGACCAGAGCAGUUCUGCCCUCGGCCCUCCUCCCAAGCGCCCGCGCCCCUCCGACGAGGCCGGAUCAAGCAGCCAGGCCCAUGCCGACACACAACCUGCCUCCACUAGUUUUGAUUCGGAACGGAUUGAAAGACUCCACUCACUGCUUCUUAGCGCCAUGAUCAGCUCUGCCGUUCCCUUCAGUCUCUUAGAGAAUCCGUACUUCCAACAAUACCAGCAUGAGAUUGCUGGUCCCGGCUUUGAAAUACCUCGGCACGGUAAAAUGGCCACACACACUCUAUCUAAAGUCCAUGCCAAUCUCGAGGCCAAAACAAUUAAUCGCAUUCUGGAUCUCGACAAUAUUACGCUUUCCUUGGACGGGUGGACCGAUGUCGCUGGGAAUUCGGUCUAUGCGCUGAUAGUUCUUAAAGGCCCUCAAAGUCGAUUUUUUAUUGAUGUUCUAUACUUUCACCGGCAACAACAUGACGCACGAAAUAUCAUAUCCUCCGUCAAGCAGAGUCUCUCAGAAAGGUGUGUUGAUAUCGAAAAGGCAUGCGCAAUUGUAACCACUUCAUCUCCACUUAUGAUAGAAUUUCAGAAUCUUUUGAGAACUGAGCAUUCUCAGAUUCUCAAGAUCCAGUGUAUCCAGCAUGCUUUCAAUCUAAUGGCCAACGACCUCCUGUCGAAUACGAUGGCGCAUACGAUCGUUGAGGGCAACAAGACGCUAGUGGAAUAUUUUGUAUCAAAUGACUACUGGAGCAGCUAUAUUGAGGCAUGGCAGAAGGACCACGGCAUCCAACCGGGCCUCCAGACCGCAAGUGGCAAUCGCUGGUUUUCAAUCUCAAAAGUCUGCGAGGUUGUUCAUCUGAACAGGGGCGGCUUUGAGGACUGUCGAGAUGUGUCAAAUGACCCAUCAUUCAACUUGCCUCGAUUACCUGAAUACAUCUUGAAGCUGAUUGAACCCAAUCACUUCGAGGCCAAUACAUCUCUUAUUGCACUACUCAAGCCAAUAGUCGAUGGGCUCCGUCUUUUGGAAAGUCCCGAUAUGAACCUAUCAGAUAUUUGGACGGUCAUCCUCACUAUUUACCAGUCGGUUUUGGAUGCUUCGAUCAAUCCGAAAAAUCUACAGCUCAAAGUGCAUUGCAUCCGGAUGAUACAUCGCCAGAGUGCUAUCUUCCUUGAUAGCAUCUAUAUCAUCGGGUUCUUCCUUCAUCCAGUCUAUCGUCGUGUGCUCAAGCUCUCACUCGAGGAGAUCACUCGGAUGGUUCUUCAAGUGGCGAAAUAUUGGAGAUUUACACGGAGCGAUGCCAUUUCGAUCCGCGAGCAACUGGCUCGAUAUCACAGCAAUCUCCAUCCGUUUACCUUUCGACCUGAGAGCUCACCGUUUGACAUCAAGGCUCUACCACAUUGGAUAUCUGUACCGGAUUCACCACAGACCAGCACCUUAAGACGAUUUGCAAUCACAGUUUUCACAAUCGUUCCCCAUGCCUCUGGUGUUGAUGGCCUGCGCUCGAUAAUUUCGAAACCUGGAGUCCAGGAUAAGCUCUCGCUGGUGGCUUUAGGAAAGUUAUGUCAAAUCAGAUACCACUUGCUACAAGAUAUGAAGAUCCAUCCACCAAUUGUCCCAACUCUGGGCCCAGAUCGCGAACACAUUAAGCUUGAUACAGCUGCUGCCACUCCCGUAAACCACAUUGAUCGUAUGUUUGACAUGAAAAAGUGGCACCAGAUUACUACACACACCGGCAGUAGUCCGGAAGUGGCCGAAGUUAAUGAAGAUUGGGAGUUGGAUGAUAUACUCCCAUCGUUCUCGUCCAAGUCAUAAUAUUAUAAAAUCACUGUACUAUUUCUUGCCAUUUUUUGUAUAAAAGUAUUCAUUAGUCUUACUCUUGGGCAUGCUUCAAAAGCAUGUAGGACAAAUGACAAAAACCAGCCUAGCUAACCUGAACUCUUGACCCUCACUAAUCUGUGCAAUUAUUUAGCUGUG